AUGUUCGGCGGCAUGUUCGGCGGCAACAAGACCACGACCGCGGAUCCGAAGGACAAGAAGGCCGACGCCCCGCUCACCGCCGCGAACUGCAAGAUCGCCACCGGCGAGAAGGAGCGCCUGACCGUCACCAUCGACCGCCCGAUGGGCAUGGUCCUCGAGCCCCUGGACGAGAAGGGCAAGGGCGCGAUCGUCACCGAGCUCGUCGACGGGGGUAACGCGGACAAGAGCGGGAUGAUCCAGGCGUGCGACAUCCUCGUCGCCGUAUCGUUCGCCGGCGGCGAGACGCAAUCGCUGGAGAAUCGCUGGUACGAAUCCAUCCUGGACGAACUCGCGGGCGAACCCGACUGCCCUAACGUCACCCUGACGCUCGAGCGCGCGGUGCUCGAGGACGACGAGGACAUGCUCACCAUAACCGCGGACGCGAAGCGGUACUGGGAGGAGAAACGCGAGCUCAAGGCGCGGGGUGGGCCGAAGACGCUGCGCAGAACCCCGGGCGUGGAACCCAAAGACAUUCGGGUUCUUCCCGGGCCCCUCGGUUCGGGUAACUUCGGCACCGUCUUCCGCGGCGUGUUCAAGGGGGACCAGGACGUCGUGCUCAAGAACGCCAAGGCAGACGUCAUGGCCGCCGAGGAGCUGCUGGAGUGCGAGAUGGACGUCAACUACCACGUGCACGCCAACGCCAAGGGAACGUGCGCGAGGUUCAUGGGGUGCAUCGAGCUCGGCGCUAAAGACGGGGGCGAGAUUUACAACGGGACGCUCACCGAGGGCCUCUGGCUGAUGUGGGCGAACGAGGGGGAGAACACCGUGGAGGCGCUGAUGCGCCGGGGCACGGCACCGCUGGCGACCGCGAUGGCCUGCGCCGACGCCACGGAGCUCGGCGUGACCAAGAAGGCGAUGCGAGAGUUGCUCGGCUCGCUCGCUCGGCUGCACGAGUGCGGCGUCGUGCACCGGGACGUCAAGCCGGCCAACCUCAUCGCCGCGGAGAAGGACGGCGGGGUGUUGAAGCUCAUCGACCUCGGCGCCGCGGCGCUGUGCCUCCCGCUUCCGGAGACGCUCAACUACUACCCAGGCGACGGACCCGCAGAUCCGCGAUACGCCAAAGCCGACGAGCUCUACCUCCUGCCUCCCGGCUCGCCGAGACCCACGAAGGACAACGCGGCGAAGCUGUGGGAGGCGCACAAGCCCGACAGGUUCGACAGCUGGAGCGCCGGGUGCGUCAUGCUGCAGCUCGCGGUCGUCGGUCUUCGGACGGACGCGGGGUUGGAGCGGUUCCUCGCAGACUAUAAAGCGGUUGGGUACGACGUGAACGCGUUUAGGGGCGAAAAGAGCGGGGAGUACGGGACGAUGGACUUUGCCGCGCUCGACGCGAACGGCGGCGCCGGCUGGGACCUGUGCCAGCGGCUGAUGGAGGCGGAGAGGGACGCGCGGGCGUCGUGCGAGGCGGCGCUGAGCCACGCGUUCUUCGAUUAG